AUCAAACAGCUGAUUUUCUCUUGUAGUGGCACCAAUGACAUGUGACUGUGACUAUAUUCAUUAUGCAUAGAAAACGUAAGUUAUCACGUUGUUGUUAAAUCUGAGUAACGUGUUGUUUCGUAAAUAAUAUUUUCCAAAUUUUUUAAACUGUUCAACGCUCCCAAUUUUCCAAUCAACGUAUUCGGAGUAUUAUAGAAGAGUUGUCUCGUGUGAAGUUCUAAAAUGACGACUACUUCAAAAAGAAGAAAAGCCCCAGCAAAACUCAAGAGCAUGGGCAAUCAUGACGAAUUUCUAAAUCGUAUAUCGAAAUCACUUUAUUAUUCGAAAUUGCCAAUGACGGACUGCCUCAGUUUACCAGUUACUGAAUUGGCAGCAGAACUCUUUACCGAAGUAAAAAGUGGUUAUACGCUUGAACGAUUAGAUGUAGAAGAGGCAAGCAGGAUAUCUAGAAACGCGUGUGUUUCACCAUGCUGUCUUGUUUUGGCUUUAUUAUAUUUAGAAAGACUAAAAGAUUGCAAUCCUGAAUAUUUACAACGAGUGGCACCUUCUGAAUUAUUCCUUGUUUCUUUGAUGGUGGCUAGUAAGUUUUUAAAUGAUGAAGGAGAAGAAGAUGAAGUUUUUAAUACCGAAUGGGCUCAGUCUGGUCAUUUAAGUAUAUCACAAAUGAAUCAAUUGGAAAAAGACUUUCUCCAAGCUAUUGAUUGGACAGUUUUUGUCCACAAUCAAGAUUUUUGGGAAAGACUACAAAGAUUAGAGAAGGCUAUAGCUUACAAAGAAGCUCAAAAAAGGGGUUGGUUUUCAUACACAGAAUUGAAUUGUCUAAUGAACUCAAUGCAGCUGCUAUCGAUUGCUAACGCUAUGAUAAAUAUAUCAUCUAUUUGUUUAGCAACGUACACUGCAGGUAUAGUCACUUUAUUGGGAUCUGCUUUGGUUGCAAGCUAUUUUCCAGGAACAGUACUCAGUCCGAGGCAAACAACAAAUUCUACAGAUGUAACAAGAGUAGAUCUAAAUCCAAAUGUAGAUGUUUCAACAACAGUAAUUCAAAAUAUACCAGAAGAGGUUUUGAGAACAGAUUUUACUUCGCUACAUUGCAAUGAAACUCAACAAAAAUGCAAAAAUAUUGAAUCAAAUGAAGUGAUAAAUGAACAUUGGAAAUGGUGGUUAAAUUCUGUUAUGAUUUGGUUACCAGCAUACUCAGGCUUGGAUCCAAAAGAAACAUUACACACGAUAAGUGACACCAUUGAACAUACAAAUUCAUUUAUAACAUCUACUAAUUUUGUCCUGGACACUACAACGUUAAUGCAAGAUGCAGAUAAAAUUGAUGUAAAUUGGAAACAAAUUUUGGGCAUAGAUUUAAAUCUUCUUUUGCGUGAUUGGAGAUAUUAUGCAAACUAUGUUACAAAAAUAACUCUGGGUUAUCAUCACUAAAGACUAAACUUUUGUAGAUACGUAGAAACAAAAUUUCUAAAAUUAUUAUAAGAUGUUUAUGCUAGGAAGAUUGAGAAAAAAAAGUAUAUAUUUUUUGUACUAACUUGUAAACUCACAAAGAACUUCUACACUAACAAAAUAAUUUUUUCAAUAAAUACGUGGGAUAGAUACUAAUGGACUAUUUUUUAAAAUCUUUUAUACCUUUCCUGGAAGUUCUCAGGUUUAAUUAAUAAAAGGAAGUGUAAUGAAAAACGGAAGAUACUAAUAAUACAUCUAUCUCUAGUGCUAUUAGUACAAUUUUGAUAAUACAUUUCUUUAUACAUGUACAUACAUUAAAUACAUUCAAUAUUAUUACUAUAUUACAUAAGCACUAUGAUUGUUGUAAAUUAAAAUUGCAGUUAAUCUUAAUUUAUAUCGUACAGAUUAUACAGAGGGAUGGAUUGUGUUUGUAUUAUUACAUAAUCAUUAAAUUCGGAGAAUUAAUACGGUUUUAAUAAAAUUGAAGUUUUCAAGUGCUAAGUACAAAUACCUUCAAGCGUUAUGAUGAAAAUAAGUGAAAAUGGGUAUAGGUGACAUUCCAAUAAUACAGCCAAUUGUAACUCCUAUAACUCGUCCCUAGGGUAUUAUAAAUUAUUUUGGUUUUUCUCAGCUUAAGUAACUUAUUAACUAAUAUUUUCAAUAAAAUAUAAAAGAAUAAGAUAUCAUACCACAUUUGCAGCUAGUUUUGUUUUAGGCAGAUUUAAUUCUAUAGAAGUAAGCUUUGGUGCUUGAAAUCCAAUCUUUUGUGCGAAAAGUUCUACAUAAUGUACAGAACCAAUUCCUAUUAUGUCGGAUACCGUGUUUCCUAAUGCUGCAGCGGCCAUAGUCGAUAUCGGAAAUUUUUUAUUUAACAUUGUUUCAAUUUGAUCACCCUGAAAUUAGCGACUUACACAUUGAAAUAUUAUUAUGUACAUAAGAUUAUAAUACGUACAGCGAUAAUCAUGAUGAAGUUGUCAAGAAAACCAAAUCCGAUGAACGGAAUUGCAUUCGCAAUUGCAACUGCAAGAACAGAUUACCUAACAUUAUUACUAUGGCAUUAACUCGGUUUAUAUCGCAUUUCAAAUUAAGAAAUUGUUUUAUUACAUUUAACGCUACUUUAUAAUUUAAAAACAAUUUUAAAUUUUAAAUGUAAUAAGUAUGAAGCAUCCUACCUAAUACUAGAUUUUUUGUGGACGGUCCUGGAACAUUUUCAACUGUAACGCGAAAGAGGAAAAUAUAAAUGCGUGUUCUCCAAUGAAAAGAAUAUUGUAAAAUUAAUCAAUUGAAAGUUAGUCGUUCGUAAAAAAUAUAUUCUUCAUAUUACUUACAAAACAUAAAGCAGUUAUCAUUCAUGCAUUUAUUUUUCUGCAUAUGUUAUGUAAUAAAUUGAAAAGUAUUUUUGGAUAUUGAUCAUUUCCAAUCAUUUCAUGUACAAAAAUACUUGCUGAAGUCAUUUGAAAUUCAUUUCAUAAAAUGCUUAGGUCUAUUAAUUAAUUAAUCAAAUACACAACAGUUUAGGAAAUAAAACUUUAUUCAAAUAAAAGUACAUUCUUUUUAUCUAACAGAUAUUUACAUUUAAAUUUACUAAAUGGUGUAACACAUAUUAAGUGUAGAAGAAGGAGUUCUGUGCAAUAUUCUGAGCAAAAUAUUUAUACUAUGAAAAGUGCAUUCUUACAAUCAUGCAAACUUGUAAUCAUUUGAUACAGAGAUUAACUCAGAUGGUAAAAAUUAUUUUUAUAAAAGCAUUUUUGAUGCAAUAAAAAUAUGAAAAAUGAAUUUCCAAGAAGCUUAACUCUCUUUCAUGUG